UAAGCUUGAUCUGGGUGGACUUAUUCACUCCGGCUCUGAAAGCCGCUUUCACUAAUCUUGUGGUUAAACGGCCGCGGAUACUCCCAUCGUGACCGGCGGUGGAGUGAACUAAUCCGAGCCACGUUCUAAAGCGGAACACUGUUAACAUUGCAAGUAACACGAUGUCCUAAAGUGGAAGAGCCAGUCACCGGCUCCCGUACUGUACAAGAGGUGGCUAGAAGUUUAAACCAAUCCAAAAGUACAGGAACUGCCAAAGGACCUGAAGAGUUACCAAAGGACCCUUGUAAGUACUUGAACAGCUCGUAGAAAUGUGCUUGUUCACCAGAAUAGCUCCUUUACAGAGAGACCAUUAGCUGUUUGUACAAUGACCCUGGAGGACCUUCACCUGGAAAUCAAGAUGCAAUUUUGUUAAAUAAUGUUGAUAACUGUAUUUUAAAUGUUAAGCAACAAGCAGUAGAAGUGACUUGCUGUUGCACCAACUCAGCCAUAACCUGUGCAGUUAUUUUACAGCCUGUGAGAAUUGUGUUGCUUUAUUUGAACUACAUGCUAGAAUCGCCCAGAACCUAAAGUCCAGAAUUUAGACAACUUUUUUCAUGUGUGCAUUGUGAGGCACCUUGAUAUUAUUGAUGCAGUUGCUGUAUAACUAGAGGUGGAUGUGCUCAAUGGUGCUGUGGUCUGUCAUUUUAGCCCAUGCAUUUUUUCCUCUCUGGAACUCUGUUAAUGAAGUUUUUUCUAUGAAUGUUCUUCAAAUUGCACAGUGAUUGUCAGGAAUGCUGUUUCCUUGUUUUUCUGACUGGAUUAUGGUCAUGUAUAAGGAGAAAUAACACUUUACUGGUGUACUUAAAUAUUUUUGUUCCCUACUUUGCAUUUACUUUUCCUUUGGAAGAAGCCAAAAUUGCCAGUGGUUUAGUAUAUACCAGUUCAUCUCCAGACACAGUGUGCAGUUUGUUGUUCUAGAUCUUAAACAAUUUCCCUUUAGCUUUAUUUUGUCAAAGCAGUGCAGAGCAAACUGCUGAACUGAUCUUAAAAGGGAAGGCCACGAGGUGGGGGGGGGGGAGGUGUGCGUGUGUGUGUGUUUGCAAGUUAACAUAGGAAGUAAGAGCUUCAUGUUUUGAACUGUGUUCUGUGUGGCCCACUUGGUGACUCGAUGUCUAACUGGACUCCAUCAGCACAAGUUUCUGAACUGAUGGAUUCACAUUCACUGGAGGCAUGUAUGGGAAUUUACAUCUGACUGCUUCUGAAUGGGGAUGUUAAAGAGACAUUUUGUAUGAGUACAUGCAGAAAUGUGUAUCCUCAGCUUAUCAAUUAUAAGGGUUUUUGCCCCGCUAGUCCUUCCUGUGCAUGCCUCUGAAUUCACUGCAUCAUAUCACUUUAAUCUUUUCACUGCUAAAUGUCUGUAUUAGUUAGUAUGUUAACCAUGGUACUAACUUGUCCGAUUUCUCUUUCUCCUGCUCUCCAUUUGUUGUGAACUGACCAGUGCCUGCUCCUGGCUUAUAAAAUGGCGGUGUAGCUUUUGCUUUAGCAUCUUUUCUCUUUCCUGAUCACGCCACACUCCCAGCAUUGCUUUAGUUGUACUGCAACUUCCGGAAGCUGAGCCGAGAAGCGCAGUCAGUUGACAUUGAGAGACAUUCAGUGGAUUCUAGAAAGCUUCUUGCCUCUGGGAUUCCUAAAACUUGGAGGAGAAACAAAUCCAUCAUGAAACUUAAACAAGAGGUGCCCCACAUUUUCUUGCUUCCUGUCUACUUACUGAUGUGGUUAUACACAGUGCUCACCUUUGUCCCAUGGUAUUUCCUCUCUGAUGUAAAGAAUAAAAAGGCCAUGGCAAAACGAAUCAAGGCAAAGCCUCUAUCUGAAAAACCUGGCAGUCCAUUCCGCUCCGCCGACCACUUCGACUCCCUCGCCAGAGUAGACUUCCCUGGGCUGGAUACGCUGGACAAACUCUUCGAAGCAGCUGUAAAGAAGUUUCAGAAGAACAAUUGUUUGGGUACGCGGGAGAUGUUGAGUGAAGAAAACGAAGUUCAGGCCAACGGUAAAGUGUUUAAGAAGCUAAUUCUCGGGGAGUAUAAAUGGCUAACCUACGAGGAAGUCAAUCACCACGUCGAUGCCUUUGGCAGUGGCCUCUCUGCAUUGGGACUGAAGGCAAAGGAUAUGAUCGGUAUCUUCUGUGAAACUAGGGCUGAAUGGAUGAUUGCAGCUCAAGCCUGCUUCAAGUAUAAUUUUCCACUUGUGACUAUUUAUGCCACCCUUGGAGAAGAUGCUGUAGCUUAUGGACUAAAUGAAUCUGAAGUAACUCAUCUUGUCACAAGUGUGGAGCUCCUUGACUCAAAGCUGAAGAAUGUACUACCAAAAAUUCAGAAUCUGAAGCAUAUCAUUUAUGUGGACAAAAAGACCAUCAAUACUUCAGGAUACCCGGAGGUCCUUCAGAUUCACAGUAUGGCUUCAGUGGAAGAGCUUGCAGCCAAGCCAGAGAUAUUGGACACAACCCCUUCCCGGCCCACCCCAUCGGACCUAGCAGUCAUCAUGUAUACGAGUGGGUCUACGGGUCGACCAAAGGGAGUGAUGAUGUUGCACAGUAACUUAAUAGCGGGAAUGACAGGCCAGUGUCAAAGGAUACCUGAGCUGGGACCCAAAGAUACAUACAUUGGAUAUCUGCCAUUGGCUCAUGUGCUAGAACUCACUGCAGAAAUCUCCUGUGUUGCUUAUGGCUGUCGAAUCGGUUACUCGUCUCCCCAAACAUUGUCUGACCAGUCAACCCGGAUCAAAAAGGGCAGUAGAGGGGAUUGUACUGUCCUGAAGCCAACACUGAUGGCAGCAGUCCCAGAAAUUAUGGACCGAAUUUAUAAGAACCUCAUGAGCAAGGUGCAGGAAAUGAACUACUUGCAGAGAACCAUGUUCAAACUCUGUUACGAUUACAAAUUGGAACAGAUCAAAAGGGGUUACGACGCACCUCUUUGCAACCUGUUAUUAUUUAAAAAAGUAAAGGCACUGUUGGGAGGAAAUGUUCGAAUGAUGCUGUCUGGAGGUGCACCUCUUUCCCCGCAGACACAGAGGUUUAUGAAUGUGUGUUUCUGCUGUCCAGUAGGUCAAGGCUAUGGCUUGACAGAAACAUGUGGAGCUGGUACCAUCACCGAAGUAUCGGACUACAGCACGGGAAGAGUUGGAGCUCCACUUAUCUGCUGUGAAAUCAAGCUUCGGGACUGGGAAGAAGGAGGAUAUACCAAUCAUGACCAGCCAAAUCCAAGAGGAGAAAUUCUGAUUGGUGGGCCGAACGUGGCAGUGGGGUACUUCAAAGGAAGUGCAUCCAAUGAUGACUUUUUUGAGGAUAGCAAUGGUCAGCGUUGGUUUUGCACGGGGGAUGUUGGCGAAUUCCACCCAGAUGGCUGUCUACAGAUCAUUGAUCGAAAGAAAGACUUAGUAAAGCUACAAGCUGGAGAAUAUGUGUCUUUGGGCAAAGUUGAGUCCACCCUGAAGAGCUGUUCACUCAUUGAUAAUAUAUGCGCAUACGCAAACAGUGAGCAGUCCUAUGUGAUCAGUUUUGUGGUGCCCAAUCAGAAGAAACUGACUGCUCUCGCUGAGCAGAAACAAAUUCAGGGAACUUGGGAGGAAAUUUGCAAUGACAGCAAGAUGGAGGCGGAGGUUCUAAGGGAGAUCAAAGAGGCAUCAGCUUCCAGUAAACUGGAGAAGUUUGAAGUCCCCAUCAAGGUGCGUUUGAGCCCAGAGCCAUGGACACCAGAAACGGGGCUGGUAACAGAUGCCUUCAAGCUCAAGCGGAAGGAACUGAAGAACCACUACCUCAAUGACAUUGAGAGGAUGUACGGAGGGAAAUAGACCCUUAUAACCCCUGGAUAAUAUUUUCCUGGUGCCUGCGGCAUAGUGUACCUAUAAAUUAAAUGUCAGUGAAUGAGUGACUCACUUUAAACAUAAAUUGAUGAACCAAAAGAAGAAUGUUCUGCUUCAUGAUUAUUCUCCAAUGUACUCAAUCUUACUUGAAAAGAAUCAAAUUGAUAUGUAAGAUUGUACCAUCUACCUGCCUUCUGCUAGUGACCAUUGUCCUUUUGCAUGUUGGCUUUUUGAACUAUUGUUGUUUUUUUUUUACCCCACUUUUGUCGUUAAAUAAGGACCACUGGUUAUAUCAGUAUGUACAAGGGGUAGAGGCAAGGGUUGAGUUUAUCAUUGGUGUAAGUAAUCAUUCUUUGUUAAAACAAGACCUCUUAAAAGAGAAAAAGGAUACUUCUACUGACCUUGAUCUUCAAGUCCCCUAGUCAGGUGAUGUCAUCACAGUUUUUUGUUUGAUGCGAUGUUUGCACUAUAACUAUUUUGUAUUUGUAUUAAACGUUACAGGAAAACGAAAUCCCAAAAACAUAGUUGUUACUAUUCAUAGCAGUCUACUUCAUUUAAUGCCGUGAUCAGAGGCAGAUUUCACUUUCUU